AUGAUUGGUUCAAAUGUGCCAGUGGUCGACAGCAAACCAACUCCAAUCAAGCAGGACCUUAAUCCCGACGCAAUAGAGUUUCGUGAAAGUAUACCUCACUCACUGUCAUGCAUUGACAAUGGAAAUAAGACAAGAUUUCGCAAGUCGUCUGGGUACCCCGCAAGAAAGAAUCGAUCUCACAGUCGAAAUAAAACCUCGGUCAAGUUUAGGCUGAUUGCCACAAUAAUAAACGGCAAUGGAUCUUUUUCUAAGAAGCUGGAGUUCUUGGUGGUGCCAAGGAUCACGGAUUUACUUCCUGUUUCCUCUCUACACAUUAGCAAAACAGAAAUUUUACGUCAGUUAGCUGAUCCAAGAUUUGCUACACCAGGCAAGAUUGAUAUGUUUAUUGGAGCUGAAGCAUUCUUUGAAAUAGUUAAGAACGAUCAAAUUCGUCCAUCGUGCAAUAAUAACCUAACAUUUCGUAACACAGUUUUUGGAUACAUCGUAACUGGAUCUACAGAAUCUAAUAAUCAAGAUCAAUAUUGUGGACUAAUAUCAGAGCCAGAGUCAGUCGAUAAGUGUUUACAAAGGUUCUGGCAAAUAGAGACUCUAACAGAGGCUCCAAGUUUGGUGAGUAAAGAAGAGGAGUAUUGCGAAGAUCAUUAUCAAAGAACUCACAGACGUAAUGAGAACGGGAGAUAUAUUGUGCAGAUGGCAACCAAGGACAUACAAAACUUGGGAGAGUCAAGGAAAUUAGCAUUGAGGAGAUUGGACCAUAUGGAAAAGGUGCAAGAGCAUUCUGGUGAUCAGGUAUCAAACCCCAUAUGUUAUUACCUUCCGCAUCAUGGUGUGUUUAGACCAGACAAAACCACUACAAAGUUAAGGGUAGUCUUCAACGCAUCUGCUCCCACAACUUCUGGACUGAGCUGAAAUGAUCAUCUCUUGAAAGGUGAAGUAAAGGAAGAUGUUUUCGAGAUUAUGACAAAAUUUCGAAAAUACAAGUACGCAUUUACAGCAGAUAUCCAGAAAAUGUUUCGUCAAAUUCUAAUUGAGCCCUCGCAACGAAAUCUCUUAAGAAUUGUUUGGAAGAGCGAGGAAGAUGAAAUGUCAGUCACCUAUAGACUGAAAACUGUGACUUACGGGACCGCCAGUGCUCCCUUUCUUGCGGUGAGAACUGUUAAGCAGUUGGCUCACGAUGAAGCAGCAAGAUAUCCUCUGGCCUCUAAAACCAUAUUACGAGAUGUCUACAUGGAUGACAUCGUAUCAGGUGAGCAAGAUUUCGAUGCUGCCCUCGAACUACAAUCUCAGUUGUGCAAUAUGUUGAGCACAUGUGGAAUGACACUACACAAAUGGAAUUCUAAUUCAAUGAAAUUGAUGAACAGUAGUUACCAGAAAAUAAAGAACAUUGUUUUUCUCAAGUGCGGAACCAACAGUAUCGAUUCCAGAAAAAUAGUUUAUACGAAACAAGAAGUAUUGAGUGUCAUCGCCAGGCUUUAUGACCCCUUGGGUCUUCUAGGACCAGUUAUAAUUCGAGCAAAGAUCUUUCUACAGAAACUGUGGCUCAGUAAGCUCAAUCGGGAGGAUACUCCACCAGAAAACCUUAACUAUGAAUGGGUGAACUUUGUAUCGUCCUUGAAGGCCUUGGACGACCUUAAGAUUACUAGAUAUAUUUUGACAGACCCCCUUCAAAUAGCUGUCUUGCUAGGAUAUGCAGAUGCUUCGGAGUCAGCUUACGGAGCAGUAGUUUACAUGCAUUGCAUAAAGGAAGAUGGAGCUGGCAAGACACGACUUAUUGCUAGUAAACCUCGUGUCGCUCCUCUUAAAGUCAUUACAAUCACUCGAUUAGAGCUAUCAGCUUGUCUUGUACUGUGUCAGCUGAUCAAGAAAGUACGCUCAUGUCUGCGAAUGGAUAUAGCUGAGGUGAUCUUACACACAGAUUCAACUAUUGCCAUCGCUUGGAUCAACACUCCCGUAUAUCGCCUGAAGACCUUUAUUGCGAAUCGAGUGGAAAAGAUACGAUCUAGUACUGAAGGCUGUCACUGGAAACAUAUAACCUCCCACUCCAAUCCUGCAGAUGUAGUUUCUCGGGGUUUAAAACUGCAAGAUCUACUAUCCAUGGAAUUAUGGUGGAGUGGGCCGCAAUCAGUAAUGUCAGUGUCAAGCUCUGACCUUGACAUUACCUUGUUUGAACUUAAUAUUAAUUAUAUGGAAUUAAUUCGCAUACUUAGUUAUAUUUUCCGGUUUCUACAUAACAUAAGGCAUGUAACUCGUCGAUCCGAACAUUUAUCAAGGGAAGAACUCCAGGAGUCCAAAAUUUAUUUGAUCGGCAAGGUACAAGGAAUUGCCUUUGCCGAAGAAAUAAAAACACUGCAAAUGAGAAGGAAUCUAACGAAGGGUCAGUUAAGCAGAUUGCAUUCCUUUCUAGAUAAACAAGACCUAAUGAGAGUCGGCGGUAGAUUGAGCAAUUCAAAUUUACCAUUUGACAAAAAGUUUCCAAUUCUGCUACCUAAAAAUUACAAGUUAACCCACUUAAUUAUGAGAUAUUAUCAUUUGAAAAAUUUGCAUGUUGGUGCGCAAACUUUACUUUAUCUCGUCAGACAAGAAUUCUGGCCUUUAAGUGGAAGAAACCUGGCUAGAAGGGUAGUACAUGAAUGCAUCGUUUGCUUUAGAAAUAAACCCAAAGGCAUGGAACAAAUCCUAGGAAAUCUUCCUUCAGAGCGAAUCACUCCAAAUCCCCCUUUCAAACAUGUAGGGAUUGAUUUUUGUGGUCCUUUCCUUAUUAAAUAUAAAGGACAAAAAAGGGGAAUCUAUCACAAGUGCUACUUCGCAAUCUUUGUUUGCCUUGUGACUAGGGCAAUUUACCUUGAAGUAGUUACUGACUUAACAACCGAGGCAAUGGUAGCAAUUUUGAAAAGAUUUUUUAGCAGACGGGGUAAAAGCGCGUCAAUUUGGACAGAUAAUGCCACAAAUUUUGUGGGUGCCAGUGUGGAGUUGAAACGCCUACAUCACUACGUAAGAGCACCUCCUGACAGUUUAGCUGAUUAUCUCACCAGUGAGGAGGUCACUUGGAAGUUUAUACCACCUACAUCACCAAAUUUCGGUGGUCUUUGGGAAGCAAGAGUCAAGUCCUUUAAACAUCACCUAAAGAGAACCGUAGGUAACUCGCAUCUAACUAUUGAACAAUUUAUAACCACACAGAUAGAAGGAGUUUUCAAUAGCCGACCGCUCACUCUUAUGUCCUCUGAUCCAAACGACUUCCAAGUUUUAACUUCAGGACACUUUCUUAUCGGAAGACCUCUGAUUAGCCUACCUGAAUCAGAUCUUACUGGUAAACCAGAUAAUUAUUUGUCUCAAUGGCAAAUGUUAACUAAAUUUGUUCAAGUUAUAUGA